AUAAUGCAUAUGUAAACAACAUUUCUUAUAAAAAAAAUAUUUUGGAAAUUUUAAUCAAAAUAAAGACCAAUGAAAUCAACCGAUAGUGGCGUCAUGCUAGGUUAAAAAAUCGAAUUUUUAAGCUGACAUCCGGUUAUUCAUUUAGCAAUGUGGAGUGAAAAAAAUAUCUAAUCAUGGAAACGUAGUUUUAAUAUCAAACAUAUGAUAUUGUGUAUUUUUUAUGUUUAUAUUUUUUUUACUAAAUAGGUAAAAGGUAAUAUUUGGGUAUAAAUAUUUAAUAAAUAAAUAAAUAAUACAAAUAAUGAGUUGCCAAAAAGGAAAUACGAAACGGUCUAGGCCUCAGAAAUAUAAAAAUCAAACUGUUUUUAAGAAUGAUCUACAUGACAAAUCUCACAAAACUAAAUUUAUCAACAAUAUUGAAGUAGCAAAUGUAUGCGAAAGAUGUAAAAAAAUAAUUGAGUGGAAGAUCAAAUAUAAGAAAUAUAAGCCUCUCAAGGCACCAGCUAAAUGUACUAAGUGUGAAGAAAAGACAGUUAAACAUGCUUAUCAUACAAUGUGUCUACCUUGCUCAAAGGAUCUUAAAGUUUGUCCUAAGUGCUGUGAAAAACGUGAAGUAAUAGAAGCUAAACCAAACAAAGAAGAAAUGAUGAAAAUGGAUGCGGAGACACAGAUGUUCUUGAAACAAUUACCUGAAAGGAAACGUAGAACGGUUAUAAGAUAUAUGAACCGUAAUUGUAACUCAAAGAACACUGAUUCUAAAACUAGUAAUGAUGAGAACGAAGAUUCAGAAGAAAGCGACGAUGGAGAAGAGAGCGAAAAGAAUACAGAAAAAUCAUCUUUAAAAAAAGAUUUAAGAAUUAAGAAAGAUAAUUGUAAUGACGAUUUUACUGAUAAUUCGGAAGAUGAUUUUAGUGAUAAUUUAGAAGAAGAUUCGGAAAAUGAAUUGGAAGAUGAUGGGAUAAAAAACUUAAAAAUAACUUAAAUUAUAAUCCGACAAAAAAUAAUCAUUUUAAACUAGAAGAUCAUUUGAAUA